CGACCCGGCUCGCAUUCCGGCUAACUGCCACUUCAAGAUCGGAGACAUUAACCGCGGGCUUGACGAGUACUACGACCAGUACGACUUUGUCCACGCAAGGUUGAUCGGAAGUGGGUUAAGGAGCUAUAAGGCGUCGUUGGAGGAUAUGCAAAAGUGUCUCAAGCCGGGCGGGUUCCUCUUGUGCACGGACGCAGAUUUCGACUUUUAUGUCGAUGAACCGAAUCAGUAUCAGCCCGUGGCCACUGAAUCGAAUCCUAAUGGCUCGUGGCUCACCCGGAUCAUCGCAGAGGUUUUCCGAGCCAUUGGAAAUUUCGGGGGUGACUUGAAGGGCACGGCAAUUACUAUCGAAGAGGGACUCUGGGAUAGUCCCUUGAUAGAUCCUGCUACGUACGUCCUUCGCAGUGACCACAGCAGCACAGCUAACACCGUAUCAGUUGUAAGAAUGGUAGUCUCUACUGGGCAGUUGGUAAGCAGUGCCAUAAUAUUUCAGUGUAUCAUCAGUUUCCUAGAUGAGGAUGAAUUUAUUUCCGAAAAGCUCAAGGUUGGGGGAGAGCUCCUUCGGUUGGACUUGAUGAAAUUAUACCGAGGAGCAAUUCCAGUCUUGAUGAAAGCCGGGUGGCCCAAAGAAACCCUUGAUGAGUGGGUUCAAAAGGCAGAUAAAGUAACAGAGGCAGAAACAAUGAAUCCACGCCUUUAUGGUCGAACACGUUUUGCAUGGGGAAGACGUCGAGCAGCGCCUAACGAGCCGGCUCCAGUAUUGCCAUCCCAAGGGACGGCAUACGAGAGCGUAACACCCAAUAAGGCCAAGGAAUACCCCCUCUGGCACGUGUACGAUACUAAGGAGAAAUCAUUAGAGCAGAACGCAUUGCGCAAUAGAGGCAAAGGAACGCCACUCCCUGCUUACCCCUCGUAG